AUGAGAGUGUGUUCUCUGCAUUUUCACUCGGGUAAACCAUCAUAUGAGAUGUUGGAGAAUCACCCUGACUGGACACCAUCCUUGCGAUAUGGCAGAGACUGCCCCCUGUGUCAGGGCCCCCCCGAGACCUUGGAGCACCUGCUGGUCUUGUGCCCAGCCGUCCGCCCCUUCUGGACCCGGGUCCAGGAUCUGCUCGCACGGAGGCUGGCAUGGAGACUCCCCACGCCGGCUGCCCUAGGAGGGGGAGACAAGAAGUCCUGGCUCCUCCACUUUGGGCCCAUCGGAAGUCGCUCUGGAGCCACCACCAACAUCGACCUGGUUCGACUCAUUACUGCAAUGGCCCGCUACAGAGUCUUCAUCGUCCGGAACAUCUGUCUUCACAACCGCCGAACAGGACUUCACUGGCCCACAUUCACAGGACUGUUGACCGCACACCUCCGUCACCUGCACUCUGCAUUGGAGCAACGGUUCACCAGCACUCUUGUCCCCCACAACACCCUGAUCCAACUCACACCAUCUGGACUGACACUGAACCUCUGA